UCCUGGGUGGAUGUGAUGGCCGCGAGCUGUAUGGAUGAUGAGAGAGUGAGUGGGGAGGUCAGGGAGCAGGAAGACGACGACGACAAAGUGCCUCAACUCAGCGCUGCGGCGAUGGAGGCGCUCCGGGAGUUCCUGGCGGGACAGCAUCGUCCGAAGGAGCAGAAUGAAGCUGGAGGAGGGGAAGACGAGGUAGAGCUGGUCCCGGAGGACUGGCGGUUGAGCCAGUUCUGGUACGAUGAGCGUACCGCGCGGGAGCUCGUGGAGGAGGUCGUCCGCCUUGUCUCCCCUUCUGGAUCAGGCUCCGUCGCCGGUGUCAUGGCCUGCAUCGCAUGCCUGACGCUCUAUGCCUACCUGAAGAAGACGGACCCCGGAGUGCCCGCGCAGCUGUUGGAGUACGACGAGCGGUUCGGGCAGUACGGCUGCGACUUCACCUUCUACGACGACAACCGACCGGAGGAGCUGCCGGCGGCGAUGAAGCACGCCUACCGAGUCAUCGUUGCCGACCCUCCCUAUCUGAGUAAGGAGUGCUUGGAAAAGGUUGCCAAAACAGUAUCUUUCCUCGCACGACCUGAAGGUUCAUUCCUGCUACUACUCAUAGGGGAAGUUCAGAUGGACCGGGCAUUGGAGCUGCUGAAUGUUCGUCCCUGCGGUUUCAGGCCUCGCCACUCGAACAAACUGGGCAACGAGUUCCGGCUGUUCACGAAUUAAGAUCCUGCUGACAGACUUGGUGGUUGGGAGCAAAAUCACUCAGUUGAAUUGAUUGAUUUGUAUUUGGCCAUUUGGGUGUGCAACUGGGCCUCGGCUUCUCCAGAUGUGAUAGGUCAACGACAGAGGCACCCUCUUGCUCCCAUCGGCGGCGGCGGCGAUGGCACCUCCUUCCAUCUGCAACAACCCAUGGAGGCCGACGACGGUGCAUUUGGGGUUUGGAACGACGGUCGCGUGGAUGCCCCUACCCCUCACGUUUGUGCGGUCCACCCUGGCUCCCUCCCUGGAUGCAGCUGGCGCUCGCUGCGGGUGCUGGUGGACAAGCGAUCGCUCGAGAUGGCGGUGGAGGUGGAUGCGAGGUGGGAGCCCAUGGGGGCGCUGGAGUACUACGACUACUGGCGGGCCAUGUACAGCGCCCGCAGCAACAGAGGGAGCAGGUGCAGAGGGUUGAGGCAAAACAACGUUCUGUACCAAUAUAUGCCAAUUACGAGGAAGGCUUCUCUUCACCGCUUCCUUGAGAAGAGAAAGGACCGUCUCAAUGCAAAUGGACCAUACCAAACUUCUCCUUCAGACGCUGCACCAGUCAAGAAGGAGCCCGAGAGCCAGGUGAAUAUUCAAAAAGAUAAUGGGGUGCAGAUGAAGAUUGAUAAUGGGGUGCGGAUGAAGAUUAUUGCAAGCAAUGGUCAUGAACGUAUUGUGACCAACCAACCAUGA